AUGAACGCCCACGACUGCCCAGGUUUACAAAACUUCUAUACUUGCUCGGCAGGGGAUUUCAAGGGUUGUUGUUCGGUUAAUCCGUGUAAUACGGGUGUUUGUCCGGAUGGGAAGGCUGCGAACCAGGAUGAGAAUACAAGUUCAUUGAGUGACAGUUCGAGUACGUCGAUAGUGACGGCGACGGCAGGGAAUAUGAAUGGGCCGUUGAUAGGGACUACGAUGACUACAGAAGCAGCGCAUACGAAUACUGGUAUUGGGGGAAGUGCUACGACUACGGAUGCAGUGACUGGAACGAAAACAGGAACGGGAGCGACAACACAGCCGCAGGCUGGGACUGUUUGGUCUAUACCGGGUGGUAUUUCGGGGCCGUCGCCGAGGCCUGCGUUACUAGGGACUCCGUCUCGUCCGGAUACGGUUACAACUACAGGAAACAACAGUACCAGUACUGGCACGAGUACUAGCACAAAUCCCAGCACCAGCGCCUGCCCCUCAAGUCCGACUACAUCCACAACCUCACUCUCUCCAACCGAACAAACCGAAUCCGCAACCUCCAGCGCCAGUCCCAACCCAUCCAGUUCCAGCAGCGGAAGCGGCAACAAUAAAGCCCUAAUAGGCGGCGUCGUUGGCGGUAUCCUCGCUUUGGGAAUUAUACUAGCAGUGAUUUUCGUAUUAUUCUGCCGACGCAAGAAGAGGAGAAGGAGGAGGAGGAGGUUUACGUUGCUGGCGUGGCAUGGGCCGCAGUAUGUUGAUCGGGAGAAAGAGGUUGUUGUUGCUGCUGCUGGAGUCGGGUCUGGGGAGAGUUUAUCAGGCUCUACGAGCUACAACUACAACCACGCCCAAGUCCUAGUCCAAUCCCAAACAACACCCACACCCAUAUCCAGCACCAUGCCAGCCACAAGCCCAAACUUCAACACGCACACCCCAACCUCAACAACCUGCCUUCGCACCCCAACCCUACCCUCCCCAGCACCAUCCUUCACAUCCCCUUCUCCAGAACGACGACACCCCCACCCCCUUUCCCCAAUCCCAUCGAUCUCAUCGAAUCCAUCCCUCCACUCAACUCUAAGCUCGAAACAUGAUAUGGUGAUGAGUAUAGAGCAGGAUUUGGGCGUUCAUCCGGCGUUGAGGGAGGUAUCAACGGAAAAAAUAACAGGAACAGGAACAGGAACAGGGACAGAACGGGAAAUAGGAACGGAGACAGGGGCAGGAACGAGGAUAGACCCAGAAACAACCCCCGAACUAGGCGACACAGGCUUCUACCGCCAACGCGCCGAACUAGCAACAUACUCCCAAAGCGAAUUAAUCAAUAUCCCGCACGAACGACGCCAUCUUGUCCCUAUCCCACCCCUAACCUCCUCUCCCUCUCCAUCUCCCUCUCCAAACCCCUCCUCAUCCCAUUCCUCCAAUAACAACCCCUACAAACCCAGGGGCACGAAAAUAAUAACCCCCGACGGCGUCCUCCUGUCCGCAAAUUUCGAGCGCUUCCCCGGGUGCGAGGACUAUGCUACUAGUUUCGCGCAGUGUUUUGAUGGGUUGGGGAUUCAGUUGGUUGAGGAGGAAGUUUUGCCGGGGAUUAGGGUUGAUGGGGGUGGGGUGGAUGAGAAGAGGGAGAGUGAUGAUUUGGGGUCUUGA